AUGGAAUGGAAUGAUCCAGUCCCCGAAGAUAUAAGAUCGCAAUGGGAAAAGUUGAGGCAUGAGUUGUCUCUUUUGGGUUGUCUCAAGGCGCCCAGAUAUUACAAAAGUGAUGGUAUUGGUGAGCUUAGUACAGUUGAGAUGCAUCUUUUUUCUGAUGCUUGUCUUCUAGGUUAUGGUCAGUGCAGUUACCUGAGGCUACUAGAUAAUCAGGGUAAUGUUUCUUGUUCUUUAGUGAUGGCCAAGUCUCGAGUAGUUCCUGUGAAACCAAUCACCAUACCAAGGUUAGAGCUCAUGGCAGCAUUCACUUCUGUGUUGGACAGUGAGUUCUUAAAUAAGGAGCUGAAGUAUGAUGGUCUUUCUCAUUUCUUUUGGUCAGAAAGCAAGUUUGUAUUAGGGUAUAUUGCAAAUAUGUCUACCCGCUUUCACAUAGUUGUAGCCAAUAGAGUACAGAAAAUUCAAGAUCAUACACAGCCAAGUCAGUGUAGAUAUAUUGAAUCAAAGAAGAACCCAGCGGAUAUCUCUUCAAGAGGUUCAAGUGCAGAUGCUUUAAUCCAUAAAUCUAUCUGGUGGAACGGUCCAGUACUUCUAUCCACAGUACAAAUUCAGAGCUCUAUAUCGAAGCCAUUUAUGCUUGAUAAUGACUGGCAUCGAUUAAAGAGAGCAUAG